UCAGUUCAGAGCGAGGAGAGGGAGAAGCAGAGAGGGGCAGAGGAGAAGCGGGAGAGGGAAAGCGAGCCCGACGGGAAGAAGCGCCCCGGAGUCUCUCCAACCAGCAAGAGAUGAGCAACCCAUUAGGAAUUUUUCGGGCCGCUGUCACCCCGGAGAGCAGCCCGAGAAGCACCAUCACCCCAACUCUGACAUUUCCUACAAGAAGUUAGAGACUCCAGCGGCGCUGACAUCGGAGGGGAACGGUAUGCUGGAUGCCGUGGAAAAUACCCCUUAGCUGGAGAAGUGCGACUGGAUGCUGCGCGUGCUAAAUACCAGAAGAGCCCAGACCCCCUGGGUAAUAGAGGCGGGAUGUGGAGAGAACAAGGACCAAUCUGCGAAUUUGUUCUCCGGAGCUGCUAAUUUGCCAGCCCGAAGCAACACAUUUCACCGGGAGGAAACGCUGUGCUGUUCCUGAUUUUCUCCCCAAACUGGUGCUACCAGAUGCAUGGCUUUCUAUGUGUGGGAACAAAUCGUUCCUAACUGCAGCAUACCGGGAAAGGGGAAAGGUUGAGGCAACUCACUGGCUGUCUCCAAAUAAGCGAUGAGAUGUAAUGCAUCCUCCCGUCCAUGCACGCUUCCUCUUGCAAUUCGUGCAUCCUUCCUCAGUGGGAACCUUUAAACCCUAAAAUUCGGGAAAAGAAAAUAAAUACAUUAUCAUGGACCUGAGGGAUUUUUACCUGUUGGCUGCUCUGAUUGCCUGUUUAAGGCUGGAUUCCGCAAUAGCUCAAGAACUUAUUUACACUAUUAGAGAGGAAUUGCCUGAAAAUGUGCCCAUAGGAAACAUACCAAAGGAUCUGAACAUUUCUCACAUCAAUGCUGCCACAGGGACCAGUGCCAGCCUCGUCUACAGACUGGUUUCUAAAGCUGGGGAUGCCCCUUUGGUGAAAGUGUCCAGUAGCACUGGGGAGAUUUUCACCACCUCCAAUAGAAUAGACAGAGAGAAACUCUGUGCUGGAGCCUCUUAUGCUGAGGAGAACGAGUGUUUCUUUGAACUUGAGGUGGUGAUCCUCCCCAAUGACUUUUUCAGGCUGAUCAAAAUAAAGAUAAUUGUUAAGGAUACCAAUGACAAUGCCCCCAUGUUUCCAUCUCCUGUCAUCAAUAUUUCAAUUCCAGAAAACACUUUGAUCAACAGCCGCUUUCCAAUCCCAUCAGCAACAGAUCCUGACACAGGCUUCAAUGGUGUUCAGCAUUAUGAGUUGUUAAAUGGCCAGAGUGUGUUUGGACUGGAUAUUGUGGAAACUCCGGAGGGAGAGAAGUGGCCGCAAUUGAUUGUUCAGCAAAACUUGGACCGAGAACAGAAAGAUACCUAUGUGAUGAAAAUCAAAGUAGAGGAUGGAGGCACUCCACAGAAAUCCAGCACGGCCAUCCUGCAGGUCACAGUAAGUGAUGUCAAUGACAACAGGCCGGUGUUUAAGGAGGGGCAAGUGGAGGUCCAUAUCCCGGAGAAUGCUCCGGUGGGCACCUCUGUCAUUCAGCUCCAUGCCACUGACGCAGACAUAGGCAGUAAUGCUGAGAUCCGGUACAUUUUUGGUGCCCAGGUUGCCCCUGCUACCAAAAGACUCUUUGCUUUAAAUAAUACUACUGGGCUGAUCACUGUCCAGAGGUCCCUAGAUCGAGAGGAGACGGCCAUUCACAAAGUGACAGUGCUGGCUAGUGAUGGCAGCUCCACUCCGGCUCGAGCCACCGUCACCAUCAAUGUGACUGAUGUGAACGAUAACCCGCCUAACAUAGACCUCAGGUACAUCAUAAGUCCCAUCAAUGGCACGGUGUAUUUAUCCGAGAAAGAUCCCGUCAACACCAAGAUUGCCCUAAUUACAGUUUCUGAUAAGGACACAGAUGUGAAUGGCAAAGUGAUCUGUUUUAUUGAAAGAGAGGUCCCAUUUCACUUGAAGGCAGUGUACGACAACCAGUAUUUGUUAGAGACCUCCUCUUUGUUGGACUACGAGGGCACCAAAGAAUUCAGCUUUAAAAUUGUUGCCUCUGAUUCUGGGAAGCCCAGUUUAAAUCAGACUGCCCUGGUAAGGGUUAAGCUUGAGGACGAAAAUGACAACCCACCCAUUUUCAACCAGCCUGUAAUUGAGCUGUCAGUUUCUGAAAACAACCGACGUGGGUUAUACUUAACAACUAUUAGUGCCACAGAUGAGGACAGUGGGAAGAACGCAGACAUUGUUUACCAGCUUGGACCGAAUGCCUCCUUCUUUGAUCUGGACCGAAAGACAGGGGUUUUGACAGCCUCCAGAGUCUUUGACAGAGAGGAACAAGAGCGGUUCAUUUUUACAGUAACUGCCAGGGACAAUGGGACCCCUCCCCUCCAAAGCCAAGCGGCGGUGAUUGUUACUGUUCUGGAUGAGAAUGACAACAGCCCCAAGUUUACUCAUAAUCACUUUCAGUUUUUUGUGUCUGAGAAUCUGCCAAAGUAUAGUACUGUGGGGGUGAUCACAGUCACAGAUGCAGAUGCUGGCGAGAAUAAAGCUGUGACUCUUUCCAUUCUGAACGACAAUGAUAAUUUUGUGUUGGAUCCCUAUUCCGGAGUCAUCAAGUCGAAUGUCUCAUUCGACAGAGAGCAGCAGAGUUCCUACACUUUUGAUGUCAAAGCGACCGAUGGAGGACAGCCACCCCGGUCCUCUACAGCGAAGGUAACCAUCAACGUCAUGGACGUCAAUGACAACAGCCCCGUUGUCAUCUCCCCACCGUCUAACACUUCUUUCAAGUUGGUGCCCCUCUCGGCCAUCCCUGGCUCGGUGGUAGCAGAAGUGUUUGCCGUGGAUAUCGACACCGGGAUGAACGCUGAACUGAAGUACACAAUUGUGAGUGGCAACAGCAAAGGCUUGUUUCGGAUUGACCCGGUCACCGGCAACAUCACCCUGGAAGAGAAACCGGCGCCCACCGACGUGGGCUUGCACCGUCUGGUGGUCAAUAUAAGCGACCUGGGCUACCCCAAGUCCUUGCACACACUUGUGCUUGUUUUUCUGUAUGUGAACGACACGGCUGGGAAUGCCUCCUAUAUCUACGACUUGAUUCGCAGGACUAUGGAGACCCCCCUGGACAGGAACAUAGGGGACAGCAGCCAGCCCUACCAAAACGAGGACUAUCUCACCAUCAUGAUCGCCAUCGUGGCCGGUGCCAUGGUGGUCAUCGUCGUGAUCUUCGUCACCGUGCUGGUGCGCUGUCGCCACGCGUCCCGGUUCAAAGCAGCUCAGAGGAGCAAGCAAGGGGCUGAAUGGAUGUCCCCCAACCAGGAGAACAAGCAAAACAAGAAAAAGAAGAGAAAGAAAAGGAAGUCUCCCAAGAGCUCGCUGUUGAACUUUGUGACCAUCGAAGAGUCCAAACCCGAUGACGCGGUGCACGAACCCAUCAAUGGGACCAUCAGCCUGCCGGCUGAGCUGGAGGAGCAGAGCAUAGGAAGAUUUGACUGGGGCCCCGCUCCCCCGACCACCUUCAAGCCUAACAGCCCUGACCUGGCCAAGCACUACAAAUCCGCUUCUCCACAGCCUGCUUUCCACCUGAAACCAGACACUCCAGUGUCUGUGAAAAAGCAUCACGUGAUUCAGGAACUCCCUUUGGACAACACCUUUGUCGGGGGUUGUGACACCCUGUCCAAACGCUCCUCCACUAGUUCAGAUCACUUCAGUGCCUCAGAGUGCAGUUCCCAAGGAGGCUUCAAGACAAAGGGCCCCUUACACACCAGACAGUCGCAGCGCCGCGUUACGUUUCACCUGCCCGAUGGCUCCCAGGAAAGCUGCAGUGACAGUGGUCUAGGAGACCACGAGCCGGUGGGUAGUGGAACCCUGAUCUCACACCCUCUUCCUCUGGUUCAGCCACAGGACGAAUUCUACGACCAGGCCUCUCCGGACAAGAGGACCGAAGCAGACGGCAACUCUGACCCCAACUCUGAUGGGCCUCUGGGCCCCCGAGGGUUAGCUGAAGCUACAGAGAUGUGCACUCAAGAGUGCUUGGUUUUGGGCCACUCUGAUAAUUGCUGGAUGCCUCCUGGCUUAGGUCCAUAUCAACACCCCAAAUCUCCUCUCUCAACUUUUGCACCUCAGAAAGAAUGGGUCAAGAAGGACAAGCUUGUGAAUGGGCACACCCUCACCAGAGCCUGGAAAGAAGACAGCAACAGGAACCAGUUCAACGACCGGAAGCAGUAUGGCUCCAAUGAAGGCCACUUCAACAAUGGCAGCCACAUGACAGACAUUCCUCUGGCCAAUCUGAAGUCUUAUAAGCAACCAGGAGGUGCUAUGGAGAGUCCGAAGGAACACCAACUCUAAAAAUACAGAAUUAAAAAAAAGGCUGUAUGGGACCUAAUAACUUUAAUCUAAAUAGACAUGCUAAUACUGUGUGUGUCAGAGCUUUAUAUAUUCAAUAGAUCUCUACAACUAUGCCCCUUAUAGCAGGGAUAUUCAUAACUUUGUGUUAGCACCAUGGAGGAUACAAUGUUUUACAGCAUAAGAGAGGAUAGUCUAUUAGCCAUGUGAUCUUGUUUACUAGAAUUGGUUAAACUCUCCAGAGAUCUCUCCAUUGUGCAAAUGUUCUGUUUUUCUUUCAUUGCAUUUUAUUUUGACCCUGGACUGCUGCUAUGAACAAUAGAAUGUGCAUUUGGAGAGUAAGAAAGUUCCAUGGAUUAGAAUGACUGACAAAUAUAUCCAGGUAGAGAAUUGUGCUCUUUUUGUCAUUGAUUUGUGCUGGGACUGCUAUACUUGACAUUAUACUUCAAAUAAAACUUAAAAAAGAUAAGCAUUAAACCUAUUGUGCUGUUAACAACGUUAGUGGACACUUGUAAGUCAGUGUUAAAGUAUUUGUAAAUAGAAGCAAGUUAUUAUUAACAACUUUUGUGUACUUAUAAUGUUCACCUAAAAAAAUGUGUAGCAUAAUUCUGUGUUUUAUGGUUGCUUCUUUCCUUUUUUUUUCAUUUGCCUCUGUCAUUAUUUUGUUGUUUCUUUUAGUGAGGUGUUUCUGCAUUAGUAGUCUGUCUUGACACACAUUGUUCCAAGGAUCUCAAACACUUGCUUUUCGAAAAAGGUUCUGGAAUCUUGCUUCUUUUAUGAUAGCUUAUAAUGCCGAGAUUCUGUAUAACAUAAAGCUCAAAAGUAAAAAAACUUUAUAUAAAAAAUGAUUUCUGUAAAAGCUUGGAAAUUCAGAACCUAUUUUCUUUACAUCCUUAUUUUCAAAGUAGGCAAAAGCAAAUCACUUAAUUAGUAGUAUUAAGUGAAAGAAUUAUUGUUCAGAAAGUGAUAUAAUAUCCUGUACUUGUCACUCAUGAAAAACUAAUGUAUCAAAAUUAGCAUAUAUUAAAGAAAAAUUACUAUUUGAAAAUAGUUUAAAUUGGGCAAAUGUGUGUCUACAAGUUUGUUGAAAUGGCAGAGUUUGUGUUGAUCCUCAUAUACAAUAAUGUUGUUGUAACACAAGUGUUAGACCAUAGCCACAAAAUAUUUAAUGUGUUGUGCCUUCAUGAUGUAACAGAACAUUCUCCAGGUAGGCUAGUUGGGGGAAAUAAAGGGAUAAAUCUCUAAUUAUUGCUGUUUAACUGUUUGUUAUCAUAAUUGGUCAAUGCCUGGCAGGUACCAGCAUCUCGUCACUUAGGUCAAACCAACAGAGUGACAACUAAUGUUAAUAAGAUCUCAGUUGCACGUGCAAACAAAUCCAAAUUUGAACAUUCUUAGGAGGUUUUUGUUAAGGCAUGACAGAUGAUUUAAACAAAUAAAUAGCAUGCAACAAAUUGUCUUUAUUGAAAGAAGUGAAAGUUAUCUUAAUGCCACGGUUCAACAUCAGUUUAAAAGCGAAAAAAUAAAAUAAAAAAAAGGUUUGCUAAUCUGAUAGUUAAUUUGUUACCAAAAAUAAAAUUACUUUGUAAAUAGCAAUUCACAUUUUUCCACAGUAUAAUGGAAAAUAAUGGGUAGGGGUGCAUUGCUUAUUGCAGUACAUUUUUGUGGGUUUGUGAGGGGUGUUUGAUGACUUUGACAGAAUAAAUAUCUAAACAAUUAUCCUUGUUACUGCUUUGCCAGUUCUACGUUAUUUACAAUUAUUCAGCUCUUGCAAUAAACGUUCUGAA